AUGAUAAAUGGUACCCCGGUCUAUAUGUACCAGGACUGCAGUGUGCUUUCCGAGGGUGACACUGAUCACUGGCUUCGCACCAACUGGAUUUAUCGGGGUGAGGCAGCCUCCCGCAUUUACGUGGAGCUCAAGUUUACUGUGAGGGACUGCAAGAGCUUCAAAGGUGAAGUGGUGACCUGCAAAGAGACCUUCAAUCUCUAUUACAUGGAGUCUGAACAAGAUGUUGGGAUCCAGUUCCGCCGCCCGCUGUUCAUCAAGCUGAACACUGUGGCAGCAGAUCGAAGUUUCACAAGCAGAGACAUCGAAUCGGGCGCCAUGCAGCUGAACACAGAAGUGUGCUCCAUUGGGAAGCUGUCUCGCCGGGGCUUCUACUUGGCUUUCCAGAACUCUGGGGCUUGUGUAGCGAUGGUGUCUGUCCGAGUGUAUUACAAGACUUGCCCGGAGGCAGUGCGGGGCCUGGCCCGUUUUCCAGAGACGCUAGCAGGUUCCGAGGGGCUGACAGAAGUGCCUGGGGUCUGCGUGGAGUAUGCAGCUGAAGAGGUGGGCUCUCCCCCAAGAAUGCACUGCAGCACUGACGGGGAGUGGCUGGUACCAAUGGGCCGAUGCCUUUGUGCUGUGGGGUUUGAGGAAGUCGAUGGGAGCUGCGUAG